GCGAGUCAAAUGGCUCUUAUCCACAAGUCACACUCCCUUCCUCUUUCGGGAGCAGCCCGCCUCCCAACCUCCCACAAAGACCGUCCGCUGCUCUCAGGGCAACCCCGCCUCCGACUCUCCUUUCUCGCGGGCUUCGUGGCUCAGUCGGCGCGGCUCGUGAUGGAGCCCCAUCCCACAGCAGGUCUGCACGCAUACCAGCGGACCCCGCUUGAUCUGCCCUGAAAGCGGCCCCUCUACCACAAGGACUUCUUUCAUACUUCUUUCAACUUCUGCUUUUUCUCCCUUUUACCUCUCUCCGUGUUUGGAUGUUUAUGCGAGGGGGCUCGCCGGGCCGUUGGUUUUCCAACAUAAAUCAGCACUUCCCUCCGGUUGUUUGGCUACGUUUUGUUUAUCUGUAGUGAGGAUAAUCAGGGCUUUUGUAAUACGUUUUCGGGGAAGUAGGAAGUCUUUUGGAGUGUAUCAAGAGGGGCGUUAAAUACCGCUGGUAGGUUCCUUCGGAGACAGACGGCUAUGUGGCCCCUUUGGCCCAGCCGGUGUGCUUGUCGGUGUGAGGGGACGUAACGCGUUGUGAGCUGCCAGGUGUGGUGAGCUUAUCAUGGGCUGAGUUGUUUUUAUUGCCCAAAGGAUGGACACUGGAGGACUAGUCAGAUUUUGCUUGGAUUCAUUACGUCUAAAUGUCUCAAUAUUAAGUGUUGGACUAAUAUUAUUUUUCAAGGAGUUUGUAUAGCUAGCCUAGCUCGCUUGAUGAAAGAUGUAAAAACAAAUUAAACACUGGAGUUUAGUCAUAAGUAGUCCACCAAUCAAACUUUUUUAUUUGAAGGACAGUUGUAACUUUUUGCUACGGUUUCGCGAUUAAGUGGCCGCCUGAUAUCAGCCUCCCCUUUCAUGCGCUUUUUAGGAGUCGUAUAUGUUUAUCGUGGUAGCUUUAACUCUGACGGACGAUUUUGCGAUCAGCGGUUAGUGUCGGACUUUUACAGUCUCCCUUCCCUUCUGAAUCUGGAGGUAUUUUUUCCCCCCACAGUCUGACUGCCCCCGCGGCCGGCCGUUCAGGGACUGUCUCUCGCUCCCAUCCCCUCUUCGGACAAUGUGGCUGUCUCGUUUGGCUCUGCUGCUGCUCCUCCGGCUUUCCUUCGCGCUGGUCAAGGGCAUCAAUACUUGCGCCUUCAUCAACCUGGACGAGCAGAAGUCGCGGCGCAUCGAGGCGGUGCGCGGGCAGAUUCUCAGCAAGCUGCGCAUCCAGAGCCCGCCGGACGACGACGACGAGGUGGGGGCGGCGGCGGCGGCCGGCGGUACGGUGCCCGUGGAGGUCAUGUUGCUGUAUAACAGCACUCGGGAGCUGCUGAAGGAGAGAGCGCGUCUGGCAGACUCGACAUGCGAACGGGAGAGCAGCGAGGAGGACUACUACGCUAAAGAAGUGCAGAGGAUCGACAUGCUGCCCCAGCGCACGCAAACCAACACAGUUCAGCCGCUGCCACUGGACCCGCAUUACAGAAGCGUCCUGUUCGACGUGAGCAACGUGGACAUGACAAACAGCACGCUAGUCAAGGCUGAGUUCAGGAUCUUCCGAGCCCCUAACCCGCAGGCCCGGGCCUCCGAGCAGAGAGUGGAGAUCUAUCAGCUGCUGAAGCCGGACGAGGACAGCACGUCCACGCAGCGCUACAUCGACUCUCGCACCGUGCAGCCGCGAGCAAGGGGAGCCUGGCUCUCGGUGGACGUCACAGAAACUGUCAAGGACUGGGUGUCGGAGCCAGAGAAAAAUCUGGGCUUGAAGCUGGGUGUCCACUGUCCAUGCUGCACCUUCGUCCCCGCCACCAACAACAUUGUUCCUAACAAGAGCGAGGAACUGGAGGCUCUCUUUGCAGGCGUGGACGACGAGCAGCUGCGCCUGCUAAAGCAGCAGAGCCAGGUGAAAGGUCAGGCGGACUUCAGCAGCAAAACGCCUCACCUCAUCCUCACCCUGCUGCCCAGCGACCGAGUAGAAAACCCGGCCAAGAGGAACCGCAAAAAGAGGGCGGCGGCUACCGAGGCAGCAACCUGCUCGCGCGGAUCCGAGUCGGGCUGCUGCCUACGCUCGCUCUACAUCGACUUCCGGCGCGACCUCAACUGGAAGUGGAUCCACGAGCCCAAAGGUUACAAGGCCAACUUCUGCGCCGGCAACUGUCCUUACCUCUGGAGCGCCAACAACCACUACAACAUGAUCCUACCGCUGUACAACAAGCUGAACCCCGAAGCGUCAGCGUCACCCUGCUGCGUCCCCCAGGACCUGGAGCCCCUCACCAUCAUGUACUUUAUCGGACGCAGCCCCCGCGUGGAGCAGCUCUCCAACAUGGUGGUCAAGUCCUGCAAGUGUCGCUAGAGACAGACGCGCGUCCGCCCGCUUUCCAUUUGAGGCUGGAAAUAAGUUCACAUCCAUACUGUGCAUACGGCAAGUAUUCAUAGCACUUCACGUUUUAUGCAUUAUAUGUUCAACAUUUUUUCCCCCCUUCAAAACUCUACAAGUGAAGUGAAGCUGUGAAUACUUUCCGGAUGCACAGUAAACAAACGUGCUGUAAUAAACUUCGACAGUGCAUCCAGCACAGGAUUCCUUUAUGUCCACUGUUCCUUUUGAUUGUUUGUACUGUAGCUAGACAAGAGGAAUAGAAAGAAAAAGAGGGGCCGUGUCCAAGUGAGCGGGCCGAGGCCCUGCCAGCUCACUGCGGUCUAGGCCUCAAAAUGUGCCCCGACGUAAAUAGGAUGCGAACGUUUUUUGACGAAAAGGCAUCCAUUCAAAACGCCUUCUCCUCCUCCGUUGCUGCUUCUGGGAUUUGUGGUGGGAGGAGAGAGCAGGAGACGGCCUUUUGAGAGCCAGACAUGGGACGGACGACGGGGCGGAAUUUGUCUGGAAGGUGGCGGUUUGCAGCCCCGGCGCAUUUCCGAACAUUUUUGGGGUCUGGCAGCCUAAUGAUGCUGACUGGCUUCUUUUUUUCUUGUGCAUUCAUUAUCUUGAUGGUCAUAUGCUGACUUUCUUGUGUUCUCUAUGUCAGUGUUUCCCAACCUUUUUUCAUUCACGGCACACCUUUUCAUUGGAAAAAAUCUCGAGGCACACCACCAACAAAAAUCUGUUAAGUGUUACACCAGCUUCUAUAUUAAAAUCAGUUAUAU